AUGAAAGAGGGGGGAGAGGGCGAUUGCCCCGGUGCUCGUCAUAGGACACGGGCCGCCCACACGUGCUGGCGCCCGAUCCUCGGCGGGCGGCCGUCGACGACUCUUCCUUCCAGAGUUCACGCCUCUGCGCCCGGGCCGCCGUCGCUGCGCCGGGGCGCGUCUACGAAUUCGCACGCGCGGGGGGGCCGGCAGUCGAACGGGGCACCGGACCCCCCCAAUGUUGACGUCCUUCGAACAAGUUCUUCUCUUACCAGCCGUUUCUUGCCUGAGCGGCAGGGAGGGCACUCGCCCGCGCGGGAGGCCGCCCAGCAGCACGCCAGGCGACGCCGAGUGUAG